GCUGCCGGUAGCUGGUCUCAUCACCCCAUUCAGUAAAAUGGCUGGUACCGAAACAACUAGUCUCCAGGUCCCCAUGGCGUUCAAGGACGCCGACGACGGCACCAUCCCAGUGCGCCCUCCGACCGAGUAUGCCGCCGCCGUCGCGUCCCUCCCGACGAAUCCUGCCAGCAAGCUCAAGUUGCGCUGCUACCAGGGCGUGUGGGUGCUGGAGGACUGGGUACCCGGCAUCAUCGCCAUGCAGCGCAGCUUCUCAACGCGCCCCGGCGACGUGGUUCUUGCGAGCUUUCCCAAGUGCGGCACCACUUGGCUCAAGGCUCUGAUAUUCGCCACGAUGGCCCGCGCCGCGUACCCGCCGGCCAGCCCCGCCCACCCACUCCGCCGCCUCAACCCGCACGACUGUGUGAUUCUCUUGGACAGGCUCUUCGCCGUCGGCCGUGAGGCAGUGUUGGAGAGGCUGCCCUCGCCGAGGCUUAUGUGCACGCACAUGCCUCUCUCGGUGCUGCCGCCGUCUAUCUCUCGUGGACCAGACUGCAAAAUUGUCUACAUAUGCAGGGAUCAGAAGGACAUGGUUGUCUCGAUGUGGCACUUUGUCAAACGUGCUCAACCUGACAUGUCACUCGAAGAGGUGUUUGAGACGGUCUGUCAGGGCACAUGUUUUGCCGGGCCUGUCUGGGAUCACAUCCUCGGAUACUGGAGGGUAAGCAAUGCAGAGCCAAAUAGAGUGCUCUUCUUGACUUAUGAGCAGAUGCUUCAGGAUCCGGUUGACAAAGUCAGGAAGCUAGCUCAGUUCCUCGGGAGGCCAUUCUCCGACAUAGAGGAGGAGGCCGGUGCCGUCGCAGAGAUCGUUGAGCUCUGUAGCUUUGAGAAUCUGAAAAAUCUAGAGGCCAACAAGAAAGGCUCCCAGGGGGUGUUCCUGAAGUUCCCGCAUGACUCGUAUUUCAGGAAGGGGGUGGUGGGAGAUUGGGUGAACCACUUGACACCUGAGAUGGCUAUACGUUUGGAUGCCAUAUUCGAGGAGAAGUUCAACGGAUCAGGCUUGGCUCUCUCGUGAUGCUAGCUGCCUCUCCUCUUCGGCAAUGGCGGUGUUCCUCAUGCUAUGUCGUCUAUCUUUGUUAUGCUAUGAAUUGUUUUUUCUCCGGUGUUGUAGUAUCUUACCUAUAUCGUCCUGCUGUUCCAAAUAAUCCAGAUCUUAAAUCAUUGUGUAUGCAUUGCAGUUGUGAUUUAGGUCAGUAUAUGUACUGAAUUAUUGUUUACUUCCAACAUAAUUUACUUCUGGUUUCGGAAAAUACAA